AACCGUGUAAAUGUAAACGUAGUAAUUGAACCAUGCGCAUGACAAAUGUUAAAAGGUUAAAUGGCAAAUGGCUCAGUGUGAUUAAAAUUUGACAUACUCGUACGACCGGAAUACGAUGUCUCGACUGGUCUUCGGUUUCCUGAUUUGUGUUUUUGUAACUGCUAGUUUCGUCGAUACAUAUGAAUAUAACGAUUAUAAUAUAAAGCAGCAGAAUGUUUUGCAAAACUUACUGCAUAUAUUAGAUAAUAAUGAAUACAACAAGGAGAAACGUAGGAAUAUUAAAGACGAGUUGGAGAAUUGGAAUGGUCGUUGGAUGCCUGACAGACCAGACGAUCCAAAACCACCACCAAAAGUAUGGCCAAAGAAUCAGCAACAAUAUGAAUAUGAAUCUGUAACAGAGAUACCUUCCGAGAUGCAUUGGACUGGACGUUGGAUGCCUGAUAGACCAGACAAUCCAAAACCACUAUCUAAAAUAUUAUCAAAGAAUCAACGACAAUAUGAAUAUGAAUCCAUAAUAGAAUUUCCCCAUGAGAUGUAUAUGGGCCAUGUUUCACCAGAAUGUGAUGAUGCUAAGACUAACUUAACUAUCGAUUGGGAUCAUAAUCCAUCAGCAUAUACAUGUUAUGAUCAUAAUAUCAAACCAAGUAAGAUUACACCAAGAAUUUAUUGUGAGAACAUCCCAAAGGCAUAUAAGGCUGUUCAUAAAUGUAUGAAUCAAAGAAUUGAGUAUGAUGAUGACAUUCCUCUUUAUGGUCCACAUAGGCCUUUGUGGCCAGUUUAUGGAGAAUACAAGUACGUACCUAAACAGAGAUGGCUGCAUAAUCUCGAGCAUGGUGCGAUUGUCAUGUUGUAUCACCCAUGCGCAAAUCCACUAGAAGUAGAAAAUUUGAGAAAUAUUGUUAGUAAAUGUCUUUGGCGACACGUUAUCACACCAUAUAGUUAUCUGGAUGAAGACCGACCCUUGGCGCUUCUAUCCUGGGGAUGUAAAUUGACCAUGUCUCAUGUAAAUCCUACUGUGGUGAGCCACUUUAUACGGAAAAGGGCUCUUCGCGGCCCAGAAAAGAUUCCUACCGAUGGUCAGUUUGAGGAUGGGCUGCUGAAUCGAUCGAACAUAGUGACAGAUGAAAAUGAUUCCACGCUUUGUCCUAAUAUGUAAACGAAUGUAUAUAACGAUAAAUAACGUAAUCUUUUUCAUUUACUUACAAUUUACGUUCAUAUUUUGUACAUAUUAUUUAUUAAACGCAUCUAAUUAUCGCCCAUUUUUUAUUAUAUAUAGUGUUUAAUCAGCGUAAAGUUCAUUUAUUUAUGAUUUCAAAAUUGUUUAAUAACAAAUAAGUUUGCUUCCUAUAUAGCUUGUACAUUGAGCUUUACAAAAUAUUACAAUAAAUCGUAUGUGAAUACAAAAAUAAA